AUGUCGUACAUGCGCCGGCCAUCGGCGACGCCUUCGGCAACCAGCGACCGAGCAUACACCAAUGGAGACGGCUACCAGUACCCGCGUCGCUACGACCUCGACGCAACCAGCAGAGACCACAGCGCAGAUGAACGAAGUCGAUCAAGGGGUCCUGCCGCUGGAAAUGGCUAUGGUGGUCUCGUUGGUGGAGCACACGAUGACUACGUUCCAAGAAGAGCCAGCGGAGAGGGCAGAGCAAUGAGCAGGAGCAGGAGCCGGGCAGCCUCGCAGAUGCGCAAUGCAGAGAACAGCAGGCAGGUCGAGGAGAUUCUGCGCUACAUCGAUCGUCACUGGGGUCAAAUGGCAAACGAGUCGUGUGUCCCCGUCAAGGUCGCCCUACAGCUCAUGGACCAGAGCUCUCUCGGUCUGGCCGACCAGUACCAGAGCUUCCAGGAAACUCACCAACAACUGCAAAACGCUCUCAAGGCCAUUGUCAACCAGCACCAUCAAGGCUUCAACUCGUCCAUCGGUACAUUCCAUCAGAUCCAAUCAAGCAUCCAGUCCUCCCAACAACGAGUCCGCUCCUUGAAACAAUCCCUUGUCCAGGCAAAGGGAAACCUUCGUACUACUCGUCCCGAACUCAAGGCCUUCGCUCAGUCAAGUCAGAGCUACGACCAUAUGCUGCAGACCCUGGCUUACAUUGAGCAAUUGCAACUCAUGCCCGCAAAGCUCGAGGCUCAAAUAUCAGAGAAGCGCUUCCUCGGUGCUGUAGAGACACUGCAAGACGCUCUCAAACUCAUGCACAAGCCUGAUAUGGAAGAUAUCGGCGCCCUGAGCGACUUGCGGGUCUACUUUAGCAACCAAGAACAUUCCAUCACCGACAUACUCAUCCAAGAACUACACAGCCACCUCUACCUCAAGAGCCCUUACUGCGAAGAGCGAUGGAAGCAAUAUGCUAACCGUUCUACCACCGCUGGUACGGCAUCGUUCGAAAUUGAGGGUCGUCAACUAUACCGCUUCCUCGAAUCAUUUGACCCUUCUCAGAUAUUGACCGAAGACACAUCCCGCAAUCCCGAAGCAGACACUUUCUCAUACAUCCAGCUUCUGGUCGAGGCACUCGAUCGCAUGUCACGUCUGGACCUUGCAGUUGAUCAGAUCGAACAAAGACUGCCCGUUGAGUUGUUCCGUGUCGUCGAGAGAUCAUACACCGAAGUCGAGCAAAACUAUCCCGGCAUCAUUCGUGGCGCAGCAAAGCAGCAACACUUCCAGCUUGAUAACAUCAAUGCUGACAUCAACCAAGACAAGAAAAUGAUUCUCGAAGACAUGCUGUCUACCCUGUACGCAAAGUUUGAGGCCAUUGCAGAAGGUCACCGCGUUCUACACGAAGCCAUUGGUGGUAUAUUGUCCCGCCAAGGCAGUCAUGAACCCGCCUUAUUGCGAAGCUUCCGUGAGCUCUGGAAGCUAUAUCAGAGUGAGAUUCGUAGUUUGCUGCAUGACCAUCUGGCCGCUAGUGGUAGCCCUGAGAAUUCAUCGCAUCCUGAACACCAUCAUGCAGCAAACGUCUUCAAGCCUCAUCCUCGCGAUCGCAACAAACGCUUGUUCAAGCUAGCAGACACAGACACAAAGUCAACUGAACUAACAAUCGAGAAGGAAGACCUUGACUUUAUUCUCAAGUCUUCGGUUCCUGGUCUGGCAGCCACCGGCACAACGCCUGUUGCAAAGGAGGCCGAAGCCGAAAAGAACGAAGAUCGCUCAGCCACUGGCCACAAGCUGUUGGUCGAACCCAGUGUCUUCAAUAUGGGUAUCCUGCUGCCUCCUUCAUUGUCUUUCUUGACCAGGCUGAAGGACAUUGUACCGCCAAGUUCCGAGAUUGUGACAAGCACUCUCACCUCUUUCCUCGACGACUUCCUGAUGAAUGUCUUCCAUCCCCAGUUGGAAGAAGCCUUGGCAGAUAUGUGCAUGGCCGCAUCUGCUGAGAGUGAUGCCUUCCAGCAAGAUCCUAAGUGGCAGGUGCGAGCACAGAAGCCAGUCUUCAAGGGCACAUCGAAUUUCCUUGACUUGAUCAAAGCCUUUUGCAUGCUGCUGGACAGUCUGCCUCAUGAUCAAGCAUUCAGUCAACUAGUCAUGGCGCAGAUGCGCAUCUAUUACGACAAAUGCUACAACUGGUACCGUGCACUCGUCAUGCGACCACAACAAAACCCCAACGAAGAAAGGAGACCCAAGCGAUCAGCCGCACUCGCAGAAUAUAACGCAGACAUGCGAGAUGCCGUAGCUACUCUCCUCGCUCACGAAGCUGAAAAUGCGGACGACGUCCAACGCUUGAUGCAAGAACAAACCGCUUCACUGAUUGCCAAUGUCAAAGCCUCUCCACUUACAGACGCAGAUCUGAUCUUCGACCGCAAAUGCUUGAGCGGGUUGUGCACAUUAUACAACAGCACACGCUGGUUCGUCGCUCACAUCACACAACUCCGCCACAUGUCUGCUUCAAUGUCCAACUCCAACACUUCCAACACCUCCUCACGACACCAAACCCGUCGCUGGACAACUCUGAUAUCGCCAAAUCCUCACGCCGCAAUCUACCUCCCUCUAGACACCCAAUCCUCUCGCGACUUUGACGCCAUCACAACCUCAAUGACAGAUCUCGGCUCUCUGAUCCUACGAACCUUGCAUCUCGAAAUGCGUCUCCAAAUCCUUUCUGGCGUUUCUCGUGCGCUGAAUACGACGUAUUUGCUUGGUCAACCUUAUAACGAUCCUGACCCUUCUAUCCUUUUACUCUCGAAACAUCUUCUAAACUUUGACGAGGAUCUAAGUGUGAAUCUUCCACCUGCGCAACAUAAACUUUUGGUGUUGCAUCUUGCUCAUCCUGCUUCUGUUGCUCUUACCAGCUUCACUCAAUCUAUCCCUGCUAUGGACGAUCCCCACGGUAUAGGCCGUAUGCACCUCAACAUUUUGGUGCUGCAACAAGUGCUUAAAGAUAUCGAAGCUUCUUCCUCCCUCCAACAAGCAGCAGAUUUCUGGUCUUGGUUCAGCGAUUCUCCGAAAGAUAUGGUGGAGGCUGUCAAGCAAGGAGAGUUGACCAAGCAGGAAGCGAAAGAAUUGGUCAGGCUCUGGGGCAGUGCGAAAGGAGAUGUAGGUAGAGUUGAAGUCGAGGAAGCAUUAAGGGGGUUGGAUUAG